CCUUAUUGCGGUUAUUCUGAAUCCAAGGCCGGGUAGGAUUUUGCAAGGAUACUAGCACUAUUGAAAAGAUAUCUAUUUGAAAGAUCAACAUGAAUUUGCGACAACCACUCCAGAGACGAGUAACACAAUAUUCGGUUAUCAGAGCCGUUGGCAAAGGAACCUUUGGAAUUGUAUAUGAAGCGGAGGAAUGCGGCACGGGGAGAAUAGUCGCCGUGAAGAAAGUUUUUCAGGACAAGAACUACAAGAAUCGCGAGUUACAAAUGAUGAAGUUGCUCAGCCACCCCAACGUUGUGACGCUGUACAAUUCCUUUUACUCGCAAACGGAAGCUGGAGAAUAUCUUCAUCUGGUAAUGGAGUACAUUCCGGAUAACCUCUACCGCUAUAACAGGCGUUUUGUGAGGGCCCAUACCCUGCUUCCCCUCAUCUAUGUCAAGCUGUAUACCUACCAGAUGUUUAAAGGCCUCGCCUACAUCCACUCGCGCGGCAUCUGCCACCGCGACAUCAAACCGCAGAACGUGCUCAUCGAUCCCAAGACACACGUGAUCAAGAUCUGCGACUUCGGCAGCGCGAAGCGCCUGUCCCCCAACGAGCCCAACGUCUGCUACAUCUGCUCGCGCUACUACCGCGCGCCGGAGCUGAUCUUCGGCGCGACGAACUACACGGUGGCGGUGGACAUCUGGAGCAUGGCGUGCGUCGUGGCCGAGCUUCUGACGGGCUCCUCGCUGUUCCCUGGCGAGAACAACGUGGGACAGAUGGUCGAGAUCAUCAAGGUGCUGGGGACGCCGACGGACGAGCAGGUGCGGCGGAUGAAUCCGAACUACAAUCCCGGGAAGUUUCCGAAUAUCGCUCAUAAGGAUCUGAGCGAGGUGCUGGUGCAUUGCCACGACGCGCAGGCGAUCGAUCUGAUGAGCAAGCUGCUGGUGUACAUCCCAGAGGACCGAUUGACGGCCAGCGAAGUGCUGCGCCAUCCCUUCUUUGACGAGCUGCGAGCGCUGAAGCAGCUCCCGGACGGCGCGCCGCUGCCCGAAGGGCUUUUCGAUGAUUGAUUGAUGAAUGAGUGAAUGAGUGAAUGAGUGAAUGAGUGAAUGAGUGAAUGAGUGAAUGAGUGAAUGAAUGAAUGAAUGGAUUCGUAAUCAGCAGCCAAAGAGAGCGCCAGAGCGCCCUAUAGACCAAUUCCAAACUAGCCUUGUAUGAUAAAUGAA